GUCCAAUCCGCUUCUCCCGCGCUUUCUUCCAGCCAGCCUUUGCCUGCAGCGCUCUUGGCAGUCAUUCGGCAGCUGUCGGAGAAGUAACGACGACCGUGACGACAGUGCCCGCCUCCUCCGCAGUGGCCCUAGCAACCAAGUAAACCACAUUUAGCGGCAAAGUCCUGCACCAGAUCAGCAGCUCGUAGUGGAUAGUAGUUACUGUAUAGCCUGAAAGCAUUAACUUUGGAAAAUGUCAGAUGAGGAACCUGAAGACGAUAAUGAUACUGAAGAAGAAGUUGAAGGAAAGAAAGAAGAAGGGGAGGGGGAGGGGGAGGGGGAGGGGGAAGGGGAAGGGGAAGGGACCAAAGAAGAGGAAGAGCCCCAAGUUUCAACCCCUCUCAAUGAGGAGAUGUUGAAGGAAGGCCUCUCACUUUUAUGUAAAACUGGCAAUGGUCUUGCUCAUGCCUUUGUGAAAUUGGAAGUCAAAGAAAAGGAACUGACAGAUAUCACUCUCAUCCAAAAUUUCAUCCAUUUACGGUAUGUAGACCUGGCAGACAACCUGCUCCGUGACCUCACUCCAUUGGCAUCUCUCACACACUUGUUAUGGCUGAAAGUGGAUAAUAAUCGGUUAAUCAGCGCCAGCAUAGAAGAGUUGCCGUACCUGCAGAUUGCAAGCUUUGCCAACAACCACAUCAAGGACUCUAAUGGCAUUAUCCACCCACGUUUGGCCAGUCUUAACCUGAGAGGUAAUGCGAUUGAGAUAAUAUCAGGACUGAAUCCAGAUAUUUUGUCAAAUCUGCACACAUUAGAGUUGCGAGGAAACAGUCUAAAGUCUACAGCUGGACUCUACUUGCCCAAGCUCAAAAACCUGUACCUGGCCCAGAACGCCAUUAUUCUUCUACAGGACCUGGGAAAUCUGGAACAACUCACAACUCUACACCUGCGUGACAAUAUGAUUGAAGUGUUGGAUGGCUUCUCAGACAACAUGAAAUCUCUUCAGUACCUCAACCUACGGGGAAAUGCAAUUUCACAAGUCCAGGAAUUGACAAAGUUGCAAGUGCUACCUAUGUUACGGGCCCUGAUCUUGUUAGACAAUCCUUGUUCUGAUGAGUCGGAAUACCGUAUAGAAGCCCUGGUACUGCUCCCACACCUUGAGCGCCUCGAUAAAGAUUUCUUUGAGGAAGAAGAACGGGCUGAGGCUGCAGAUAUACGUCAGCGGCGAAAGGAAGAAGAGUUGGAAUUAGCGAGGGAAAGAGAGAGGGAGAAGGAGCUUGAAGAAGCAGAGGACACCACCCAAGAAGAGUUAGCGACUGAGUGACAGGUAGAUGUCAGUCCCUGGGGAGGAAUAGGAGCUGCAAGCUGUGUUCCAGAGUCUUCUUCCCUGGGUUGUUCAGCAAUGACCCAGAUAGCACUAAUCUUGGCCUUUUACCACAGAAAGGCGUUGUGUAGUUCCUGGAGAUAACCAUAGUGGGUAGCAUUUGUGGAUGCUUGUUUAUUCUUUCAAUACGCUGUGACUGAAGCAUUUGAAUAAAAAGGAGUCUGGCAAA